GUUAACAGUAACCUGCGGCUUUUGGCAAAAUCGAACGUAGAGAAUACCGAGACCCUAAACAAUCUUGCCGACCAGACAGAAGAAUUCGCUGUUCAGCUCAUCGAUCAGGUUAAUGGCGGUGAGCAGCUUGCAAUGCGGGACGUACCGGAGAAAGUUGAUCGCUGUGCCUCGAUGCUCAGUGGCAUGACGGAUAAAGCAAUUGAAUUUUCUCAAAAGAAAUUUGUUACACAUCCUAUUUUGUACAAGAGACUGCAAAUGAGAUGGAAUCUUGGAAUACCUAAGGUCUUAAAGCCUCGUGGAAAGUUUCGACCUCUUAUGUACCUACUGAUAGUAAUAGACACGAUAUUUACUCCAUUUCUGCUCCCAAUCAUUGGAUAUGCUUUCUACCAGGACCAGAAAAAGAGGCGUUUGAGGUCACAGAAUAGUGUUCAAGAACAUAGUGAAGCAUCACAAACAAGUGUGAAAAGAUCACGAUCGGGUAUCAUAGAUACUUACCUGAAUUACCUGACUUCUCCUUUUGUCUUGUUUAUAAAAGACAAGCUAACCCAAACGGUAUUCAUAGCAUUUCACUGCAUAGUUUGCACUUCGGCGCGAGCGGAAAAAUAG